AUGGUAGAGAAUAGAGUGAGAGAGAUGAAAGAGAGCAAAGGAACUCUGAAAUCAGAUGGAGCUCCACACCACUCCUCAAACUCAAUCCCUUCCGCCGCCACCCCUCCCGUCUUUCUCUUUCCCGCCGUCCACGUCAGCACCGCCAUGCCAGACCACCACUCUUCCCUCGAAAUCCUCGGCGGAGCAGCGGGGGCCUCUUUCCUGCCCGCUCUCAAGACCCUCAGCCGCCGCUACAACCCGUUUCCGCUCAUUGGCUGGAACCGCCACCUCGAGACCAUCUUCGCCGCCUUCUUCCGCUCCGUCCCCGACGUCGCGCUCCGUCGCGAGUGCCUCCGCACCAACGACGACGGCUCCGUCGCCCUCGACUGGGUUUCCGGCGACGAUCGCGCCUUGCCGCCCGAUUCUCCGCUCCUCAUUCUUCUGCCUGGAUUGACCGGGGGUAGUGGCGAUUCAUAUGUAAGGCAUAUGUUGAUUAGCGCCAGAAGCAAAGGCUGGCGUGUGGUUGUCUUUAAUAGCCGGGGUUGCGGGGAGAGCCCUGUUACUACUCCUCAGUUCUAUUCAGCUUCAUUUUUAGGAGACAUGCGUGAAGUAGUUGCACAUGUUGGUGCUCGGUAUCCAAAAGCUAAUUUAUAUGCUGUUGGUUGGUCUCUCGGUGCAAAUAUUCUUGUCCGUUAUUUGGGGCAGGAAUCCCAUGCAUGUCCUCUUUCUGGUGCUGUGUCGUUGUGUAAUCCUUUCAAUUUAGUCAUUGCAGAUGAGGACUUCCGCAAGGGCUUCAACAAUGUUUAUGACAAAGCUCUUGCAAGAGCUCUCUGCAAAAUUUUCAAGAAGCAUGCUCUACUCUAUGAGGACAUAGGUGGUGAUUAUAACAUUCCAAUGGCGGCCAAUGCCAAGACUGUCAGGGAUUUUGAUGAAGGACUCACUCGUGUUUCAUUUGGUUUUAAGUCAGUUGAUGACUACUACUCUAAUUCCAGUAGUUCAGAUUCCAUUAAAGACGUUUGCAGACCUUUGCUUUGCAUCCAGGCAGCAAAUGAUCCCAUUGCUCCAAAUAGGGGAAUUCCCCGUGAAGAUAUCAAGGAGAAUCCAAACUGUUUGUUGAUUGUGACACCGGAAGGUGGUCAUCUAGGAUGGGUUGCAGGUGAUCAAGCACCAAUUGGAGCACCUUGGACCGAUCCCGUGGUCAUCGAUUUCCUAGAGCAUUUGGAAAGAGGAGAAUCUAAAGCCGUUUCCUCUUCCAGUAACAUACAAGGUUCGGAACAAUGUGCAGAGGCUGUACAACACUAAGAAGUGUAGUUAGAGGCAAGUGCUUCAUUCUUCAUACAUACACAUAAUUGUAUGAUUCUUUCCAUUUUGGUGCUGCUAUUGCAGCCCAGCAGGAAAUUGCUCAUUGGAUCCUGUGUUGUCCACAAUUUGGAUAAACCAACCUAAAUGUAAUAUAUGAAAACCAAUAAAUUUGAUUUUAUAGUGAUGAAAAUGGUU